UCUGUCUUUUAAUUUGUCGGCUCUGCUCCAACUCCAGAACACGUGACUCAAUUUCUAUCAGGCAGGUGACAGGUGUCCGGUGGGCGGAGCUUCCGGCCGCCGGCAGUCUGCUCCGAGCUGAUAGCAUGUACAGAGAUGUCAGGCUGUGACGUCAUAGGAGAAAAAGAAGACGCAGAGGGGGAGGAAGAUUGGAGAACUGAGCUGGACCCAGAUCCGGAUCGAACCACAACCAGAACCUUUCUGCGCUGGAUUCACUGGUUCCGGUCUGAAGCUCGUCAAGGCGGCGCUGAAAGUCGUUGAAGCUCCGCCCACUCCUGUGACCUCACAGGGUCACCUUAAACCAGAUCACAGGUGACAAUGAUGACGUCAACCCCAGACAGCGACACCAAGAAGAGGCCUGAAGAGGAGGAAGACGAAGAAGAGGAGGAGGAAGAGGACGAAGGAUGGAGUCUUCCUCCCGUCUCGGGGAAAGCCUCCGAGGACGACCCAAACAGCCAAUCAGAUGCCGGGGAGAAACCUGCGGCGGGUCUGAGCAUUGGCUGGGACUCUGCCGAGGAGGCGGGAGUCAUGCUGUCCGACUCUACCAGGGAGGAGCUGUCAUGGCAACAGAAGAGGGAGGCGGAGCGUGAUGAAGAGGAGACGAAGGCGGUGGGUUCGUCGCCCGACGGACGAUUCCUGAAAUUCAACAUCGAGAUCGGACGAGGCUCCUUCAAGACAGUUUACAAAGGCCUGGACACCGAGAAGACGGUGGAGGUGGCGUGGUGCGAGCUGCAGACUCACCGUCUGAGCAGGUCCGAGCGCCAGCGCUUCAGUGAGGAGGUGGAGAUGCUGAAGGUCCUGCAGCAUCCCAACAUCGUCCGGUUCUUUGACUCCUGGAAGUCCUCUAAAUGCAUCAUCCUGGUGACGGAGCUCAUGACGUCUGGAACACUCAAAACGUACGUGCGCAGGUUCCGGCCGAUGAAGCUGAAGCUGCUGCAGAGAUGGAGCCUACAGAUCCUGAAAGGUCUUCACUUCCUGCACUCACGCUCGCCACCAAUUCUGCACCGAGACCUUAAAUGUGACAACAUCUUCAUCAACGGCCCCACGGCCUCGGUCAAGAUCGGAGACCUGGGCCUUGCGACUCUCAAGAAAAGCUCAUUUGCCAAGAGUGUCAUCGGUACUCCUGAAUUCAUGGCUCCUGAGAUGUACGAGGAAAAGUAUGAUGAAGCUGUGGACAUUUAUGCCUUUGGUAUGUGCAUGCUGGAGAUGGCAACGUCAGAGUAUCCGUACUCUGAAUGUCAGAACGCCGCCCAGAUCUACCGCAAAGUCACCAAUGGAAUCAAACCGGAUAAUUUUCUUAAAGUGCAAGUCCCAGAACUAAAAGAGAUUAUCGAGGGCUGCAUCCGAACCAACAGCAGCGAGAGGUUUACUGUUCAGGAUCUGCUGGAGCAUCGCUUCUUCCAGGAAAACACGGGCGUUUACGUGGAGCUAGGCGAGGAAGACGAUGGCACAAAGGCGGCGCUGAAGCUCUGGCUCCGGGUGGAAGACAAAAAGAAGCUUCUGGGCAAAUACAAAGACAACAACGCCAUAGAGUUUCUCUUUGAGCUGUACAAAGACGUCCCUGAGGAGGUCGCCCAGGAGAUGGUGAUUCUGGGAUUUGUGCCCAAGGCCGACUACAAGGUGAUUGCCAAGGCGAUCAGAAACCGAGUGACUGCCAUAAAACAGCAGCGGGACAAAAAGAGCCGCCUGCUGGAGGAAGCCAUGAACAAUCUUAAGACAUCGGUUAACAAGAAGGCGACUGAGUCUCCACCGGAUCAAUCCAAGCUGUCCAACCAAAAGCCUGCGUCGGUUUCAAAUGCAUCCGCAUCUGAAAGAGGGACUGAACAGAAUGAUAUUCCCGGGGACACACAAGCCCCGCCCACAACAUCCACGCCAGCAGCGGCGCCGUUGGCGAGCAGCAGCACGGCAGACUCAGGGAUAAGUGUCCUCUCCAGCAAAACCGAAGGCGACGAGGACGAAGACAAGACAACCAGACACGCGUCUCAGUCCUCCGCCGCCUCUGACUGCGAGACAGGAAGCACCUCCAACGUCUCUGCAGGAGCUGCCGAGGCUCCUCCUCCUUUUUCAAACUCCGCCCCCAUCCCUGAGACGCCGCCUCCUGUGAACCUUACACCUUCCAAACCUCCACCUUUCCCCGUCCUGCGCUUCCCAAAGAGCAUUGCCGUUUGCCAAAGUGCUGAGACCCUUCCCGCUAAUUCGCCGUCGUCUGGCUUCUUUUCACCUGUGGACAGCUACUCCUCUGACAUAACCUCAGGUCUGAGUGACGCCAACGACGGCCAGUCGGAUCGGAGCAAGCAGGAAGCAGCCAAACGAGAAGCCACAAAGCAGUUCAGGCGUAGAGCCAGAGCUCGGCUGAGGAUCAUCGGGGUGUCUGAUAAGGUGGACCGAGUGGUGGAGUGUCAGCUGCAGACUCACAACAACAAGAUGGUCACCUUCAAGUUUGACCUGGACGGGGACAAUCCAGAGGACAUCUCGUCUGUGAUGCUCCUCAGGGACUUCAUCCUGCCGUCGGAGAGGGAGGGGUUUAUUAUGCGCAUGUAUGAAAUCAUCAAGAGGGCGGAGCUAAUGAUGCAUCAGCAGCACCCAGCAGACGCAGACAAAGUGGCCCACCUGCCUGCCUCCACCCUGCCUGAAUCCCAGUUAAACAAGGCAACAAAGGGUCUUUUCAGAACAAUGUCCUCGUCCUCUUUACCUGAUAUUGAUGACGGUGAACCUUUGAAAGCUGUGGAUUUCCGCAUUGACACCGAGGCCACGCCCCCCGUCAGACCGCUGAGGUCACAGUCUUUUCAGACCCCAUCAGAUUCCUCCUAUCAGCCCCCCCAGUGGCCCCUCCACUACCCCCACCUAGACUCCAAUACUAAUCACCAACCUCAUCUCCCGCAUGCAGCUCACUAUCGCCUCCCAACUCACCCCUACUCCACCUACACUGCCUCCUUCCCAACCUUGUCCCCCAUCCCCCGACUCCCCCGGGUCCAAAGCAACCCUUCCCUUUUCACCCCCACCUCCUCUCCCUCAGUGCCUCCCCCUCACCAGUGGCCUUCCCCAGACCAACCUUACUUUUCCCUGGCUAACGUGCUCUCUGUGGCCAUGAGUGUGGCUCAGUCCCUCUUGCCCCAGUCCGGGGCCCCCAACCAGGGCUUAUACCCCCAAACCCCACCUCUAACUCCCCCAUUCCCUAACCCCCAGACUGCCCUCCCGUCUUCUGGAUCAUCUUUGGGCUCCGGUCUCCAUCAUCAAAGCCAUUCAUCAUUUUCUAAUUUGUUUGCCAAACAACAAACGUACUCUCCACCAACACAUCAGACACACUCACCUAGGGACAGCCUGCAGGGGGCGCCACACAGCAGGAUCCCAAAAACAUCUCAGCUCAACAGUUCUGUGCGUAAGGCAGGUGCAGGUCCGCCCCCUCGUGGUUCAAGGAGUUCCUCUACUCAAAGUCUGACCAAUCACAGAGAAGAGCUCUCUGACUCAUCGACCUCUUCUUCCACAUCCUCGCCACAUUCACCAACUCCUCGCAAAAUGGUUUCCCCUCCUGUUUCUCCUUCAGGCAGAAUGUCCCCCACCCUUAAAGCGAAGACACCAGCGUUUACAGUUGGUCGUUUCCAAGUGUCACCCUUACAAGGAGGUCCCCCCGCUCAUCAUCAAGAGGCGUCCCCCCAAGACCAGGUCACUCCCCCCACUCCCUCCCUGCCUCCGUCCAAUAAGAGUCAAGCAGGGAACAGCACAGAAAGCAGCACAGAGGAAAGCCAAUCGGAGAGCAGCAACCCCACAGUGACCCUCUCCAUAACCAGCAGCCAUGACAGCCUGUUGGCUCAGGAGAAGCAGACGGGGAGUCGCAGGCUGAGCUUUAGUCUGUGGGAGGGGUCCGGCACCAGCCAAUCACGGAGCCGCUCUGCCACCUACAGCUCUGACGAAUCAGAGGGCGAGGAGAUGUGGGAGGAGCUAAUACAGCUUCGUCAAAGACACCUGGGGCAGGUGCAGAGCCUGCAGGUAAAUCAGAAGCGAGAGAUUGAGGAGCUCUACCGACAAAAGGGAAAAGUCCCGCCACCUGGCAUCGUCCCGCCGGCUUCCAUGUUUAAGUACCGUCAUCGCCGUCUCUCCAACUCUGGAAGCUAUUCCCUGCCUCGCAGAAACAGUCUGCAGAAACCGGAGAUACCGCCCCCUUCAGGCAUCAUGAGGAAGAGCUCAGUCAGUGGCAGCAGCAGUGGAUCUCAGGACAGAGCUCUGAAAGGAGUGACGUUUGCUCCAGGACACAGCUGCAUGUGAGAGGGGAGCUGCUGACCAUCACAGCUGCAGAUCCUGAGAAAGAAGCAACGCCUCCUUUUGGAGGAAAACGAGCUUCAUGCCGAUUCAACCUGAUGGUCUCAGAUCUGAUCUGGAAGCUGCAGGAGAACCUUCUGACACCAGAAGGUCUGGGAGUGUAGAAACAAAGGAAAGCAGCUCAUUAUGAAGGUGUUAGUGAAGUUUAGUGAAUUUCUAGGAGGAAUCCUGUUUCUGAUGCAUAUUUAUAAGAUUAUCGCUCCAUUUUUACUGUUCUGUUGAACAUA